CGCACGCCGCCACGCAUGCCCACCACACCGCCGGCUCAUCAUUCAACUCACUUUUCCAUCGUAGUUUCCUCGCCGCGUCUUCUCCUCUACGGGUGACUCCCCAGCAGCUAGCGGCGGGUCCUGAGCGUCGCUACUGCCGCGGCCAACACCCGCGCCGCCUCCACCUCGGCCCUAACUCUGCCUCCACUGGCCGCCCUCCGCCCCCUCGUUGUGGAGGCGCCCUGUCCCGCCGUGUCCUCGCACCACUCUCCCCACUAUCGCGCUGGAAAACUGGAACACCCCCAUAAUAAGAGCACUUUGUGAGCGUGUUGUUGAGGCUGAUGCAGAUAGAUGUCAAGAUUAUGAAAAUGUGUUACUUAGGCCGUGAGUUGUGUCUUAUGUAACUGUGGGCCUCACUCCGCCCCGCCGCAGGAAGUCAGGCAAAAAGUGGAAACCUAUGGAAUUUCUGGCAGCGAAAGUGAUGCGGCAGGUGAGCGGCGGCGCGGUGUGUGAGGAGGAUAACACUUUAAUCAUGGAGCGUCAGCCAGCAGGAGCAGCCGUCAUGCCCUUACGACUGACCUAGAUAGGGUGGCGGCGGGGCGGCAGCCGCUGCCCGCAUCAGAGUGAGGAGCAGCGGCCGCCUCAUGUCCCUCCUCCCUUUCCCCGCCGCCUGCUGCCCGCUGACUGAAGGAAAUCGCUCCUCCCCUCGGUGCGCGCAGCCUGGCUCCUCCCCCUCCGCGGAGUCUCGACCAAUCGCCUCCAAAGCCACGCCACUCUAGCACCCCAACAACCAAUCAUAAUGGCACUCGCAACGCAAAUAAUUGAGUGAGCCAGCUAUCAGUUGAUUGUUUGAUUUUUGUAACUAUUCGAUUUGAAAUCCGAUCCAAUAGCAGUUGUAGAGUUGUAGUUUGUAUCUGAGGGAGAGUGUGUGUGUCUUGGUGGUGGCGCGCGGACGUGUAUACGACUCACACUCACUAUGAGCACGGAGGCCCUCAUGGAGCCCGACGCUACCCUACGACCUCCGGCUUCGUCGCCGUCACACCAAAGUCCCUCUCCUCCGUCGUCGACUUCGCUGGCGUCGCACCUCCUGGCGCAAGUUCAAAGUCUUACGUCGCUUCCUUCUUCAGUGCCCAUACCCACGUCCUCACCCCCGGGGCUCGGAGUAUACCGCCAUGGCAUGCUUGGUGGAGGAAUACCGCCACAUUUCCAGCUCGCUGCCGAGCCUCCCAUGUCCUCCCUUCUGGCCGGACUCAAAGACUUGCCGCGUCAGUACCACUCCCCGCCGCCCGUACCUUCGUCAGAGACCCACGAGUGCAAAAUUGUUGACUAUCGGGGAGCCAAAGUGGCCGCUUUUAUCAUUAAUGGCGAUGCAAUGUUGUGCCUACCACAAGCCUUCGAGUUGUUCUUGAAACACCUGGUGGGCGGCCUCCACACAGUCUACACCAAACUCAAGCGGCUCUCAAUCGAACCCCUCGUAUGCAAUGUUGACCAGGUCCGCAUCCUGCGUGGCCUGGGCGCCAUCCAGCCCGGCGUCAACAGGUGCAAACUGCUCUCCGUCAAGCACUUCGACAUCUUGUUCAAGGACUGCACCACCGCCAGCUCCAGGCCCGGCCGACCCCCUAAGCGAGCCUCAGACUUCAUGACGAUGUCGCCCUCCGCGCAGGACCCUCUCUACGACCUCAAGAAGCGACACAUGGAGAACAGCCCCUUCCCUAACGGUAGCAUGCCUGGUGACCUGCGUCAGGACAAGUCACCGCUGCUGGCCAACGGCUACCACGCGCCGCCACAUUUCAAUCCCCUGCAAUAUAUGGCUCACCACAUGGCCGGCCUGGGUUACCCUCCGCUGCUGCCUGGUGGUCUGCCCGGCGGCCUCCCUGGCGGUCUACCCGGUGGCCUUCCCGGAGGACAUCACGUCGGCCCGCACCCCAUCUCCCCCAACGAAGCCUCCCCCCUCAAGCACCCACACAUCACCCCGAGACCUUGGCUAAGUAGGAUGCAUGAGGAGCGGGUUGAGCGUGAACGACAGACAGCCCUCGACCAGCGGCGGGGCCUGACCCCCACCAGCAUGGCCGGUCCCCACCCCAUGCUACCCACCUCCACCCACGAGGACAUCCACCCGCCCACCUCCCCCGUCCUUAAUCUAUCCAAGGGCGCUGCCUCUGAGGGGACUCAGGAGGAGCGCGAGGAGGAGCGGGAACACGAUCUGGUCAGCCACGACUCCGGCCGCGACUUGCACGACGAGGAUAGACGUCACACGCAGGGCGACGACGACCGAUUCUCAGACAUGGACGAAGAUGAGGAGAAGGAUGAAGCCGCCAUGGAUGUUGUUGACUCGUGGACGAGAAAUUCCGGUAACCUUGGCCAGACGCAACUCAACAUAACUCCCGCGCCUCCAGGGUCCCUAGCAGGUCUGGGAGGCAACGCCCCGCUGUCCUCUACGGAGGUACUACUCAGGAACAUCCUCGGCCUCCUGCGGGUGGCCGAGGAGAACGCCCGGCACCAUGAGAGGCAGACGCAGUGCGAGAAAGCCGAACUGAAGAUGGAGGUGCUACGGGAGCGUGAGCUGCGGGAGACUCUGGAGAAGCAGCUGCAGGAGGAACAGAAAAACAGAAUACUGAUGCAGAAGCGGUGCGCCAAACUGAAGAAGCUGCGGCGGCGCCUUCAGGAGCGGCUGGACGUGGAGGUGAAGCGAAGGAGCCGCUACGAGGACCACAUCCGCUCCAACUCCCCCGACGCCCUUGGUGACAUUAACGGUGAGCACACCAUCAGGAAGGAGAUGGAGGCGAUCGCCGCAGAGAUUCAGAAUGACGAAAUGAAGAAAGCACAGAAGCAGAAUGACGAGCGAGAGGCCGUGGACCGCCUGCUGGCCUCUCCUGCCAUUGCUAACCACCCCGCCAUCACCGCUGCCACCGCGGCCAACGUGGCGUGGCGAUAAGGGAUUUCUCAGGACGCCAGGAUGGGACUGGUGUUCAGGACAGGAUGCUCCUUCCCUGCAGGACCAUAAGUGAGCAUGACGAUGGGACGCCAAGUGAAGUGUGUCCGCCAGGAAAGCAGUUUUGCCUGUUUCAGUGUAGCUCCCAUUAGCAGUGUGUUCCAAGUACUGUUUCCUGAAGCUGUUGAACAUUAAGAUAAGUUAUUGGCGAUGAUUGACCCACGUAGUGUGUUAGUGUUCAGAAGCGCAACAGCUGAUGUCAGUACUACAGAGAGAAGCGUCUAAUCGGAGACUGACAAAGAAAGAUGCAUUCGUUGAGCAGAACUGAAGGUGUGCAACACGGACCGAGGCGCUGGCGGCCACGUGUCUUCAGCGGCGGCAGAGGAAGACUGCCCCGCCCCAAGGACCGACCCCCGCCAGUCCUCGGGGACAUGUGGCUCGCUUCGCUGCGUCACAAGUCAUCCAGCACUUCUUCUCCGGCAUUUGAUACUUAACUAUGUAUAUAGGUUACACUGUAGCGAUGUAGGAGAAAUUUAUCAUAAUUGUAUCCAUAAGAUAAGCAUAUGAGCGUCACGAGAGUGAUCCAUGGGUGCCAAGAAGUCUCGGCUGCUUCCUGGGUGACCGGUAGGGAUUUGGAUGCUGACACCACCACCGCUCCCACGGCUGAACCGAGGCCCCCGGUGGUGCGGGGCCGCGGGGUAUGUGGCGGGGCACUCCCCCUCUCGUCCUGCUAACUCUCGUCACCUGCGGCUCUGGGAACAAUUACAUUAUUCGUCCUUAAUAAAAAAAAAAGAAAUGUUCUUGUCAAGCGGAGAAGCAAGCAAGACGUGGAGGGCGGCGUCGGGGCGGCCGAGCAGCUAGGGUGACGGCGGUGUGACUCACGGCGGUCUCAUGUGGCGGCCGCGCCCCGCCCUCGCCUAGCGCCAGUCGUCUCCCCGCCAGCGCCGCAGUCUUCACAACAUAAACACAAGUUUUAUAUUAUUUAAAAUGUAUUUAUUGUAUAAUCAUUAAGUAGUUCUCGGGUGUAGGCCUGUGGUGAGCCAGGGCCGUGUCGGUGUACUAGAUGUAAUACAGUGUCGGUGGCUAACGCAGCACUCCUUGUACGUCAGUAAUAGGCCCUUGUGGAGGGACACGCGGAGAGUCCUGGUCAGACUCUCCGAUUCUCUUUUGGUACCUGUCAAGUGGUGGAUGUCAGCCCGUCAAGCAAGCACCCCCAGCGCGGCGCGGCGCGAUGCGGCAGCCUGCUGCCCUGCGCCCUCCGAGACUCCCACGCUGCGUCCCGUCACGUGCCGUCUCACAUAUCACCGGAGUCACUAGCGCCGGGCGUGACGCCAGGUGGCCGGCGGGAGGGAGGCCGGAUCGCCCUCAGCACAAAAUUGUUUCCAGCAAUAUCCACAACUCAGUCUGUCGACCUGCCAUGCUGAGCCAUAGUGGGUCCCACGGGCUGCCCUAGAACAUACCUACCAUACUUUCUAGGUCUUUGUAAGAUUUGUACAUACGAGAGUAUCGUUAAGGGCAUUAAUCCAGUGUUAGACCUUAGGUUCAGUAGUCAUUAUCGUAGCCGUAAGUAAAGUGCUUGGACACCUGGCAUGACUUAUUUCCUAGUGCCAACGACGACAUGCUUGGAUAGUAUACCUCUGAUAGUUCGUAUGUGUAGGAGUAGUGAGUGUGGGGCAGGUGUCGGGUGUGGGGCGGGGCGCCGCCUCCCCGCCGGUCAGGGCUGGCUGGUUCCGCUCGCCGCCACGCCAGCCUUCCGUCAGGUCCAAACAAACAUUACAGCAGCUCACCCGCGGCACACUUUGAAUUGCCAUAGAUCUUGAAUAAUUACCGAAUGAGUAGGCCGAAGGUUGCCGGCAGUGUGAGCCUCUCCCCUCCCCCUUUACGCUCACCUUCCAACCCCCGACCAACCUCCCCGACACUGCAUCUGGUAUCUAUGCCUUGUACUGUAUGUAACAGGAGUAACAUUGUUGUAUCGUACGAUGAAAUUGAGUGUUUCUCUAAUUUUUAUGUUGUUUCACUAAAUAAAGCAAUAAUUUGCA